AUGACCGUCAUGGAUCCGUUUUCUCUCGCCCUGGGUGCUCUUCAGGUAGCUGCUGCCUGUGUUUCAUGCACCAGUACUGUGAUCAAGAUCUACGGGGAUAUCAACUCCAUCGACGCUCGAAUCCGGUCUUUCUGCGAUGAAGUGGCGGCUCUGCGAGCAACUUACGAGGGACUUGAGAAGAGCCUGUCUUCUCCUCCGCUGGCAGAGGCUGUGCGCGUGGCUAAUAAGACCGACGACGGCGCUCAUUUGUGGAAACAAAUCAAAGAUGCACUUGAAGAUUCCAAGAACACCAUGAAGCGAGUAAAUGAGAUCCUUAACCAGAUCCUUAAGCAGACAGGCAAAAUAUCUGGAUUUGUACGUAAGGUGAAGGCUCAUUUACAAGAGAAUCUCCACAAUGGCGAGCUGUCUCGGCUUCGCCAGCGCAUCCAAUUCUUCAAUUCGGCCUUGUCGCUGCCCAUUCAGAUGGUCUGCGUCAUGCUCCAGCUUGAACAAAGAGGAAUAACAAUCGAGCAUCAGACCUCACUGGAUGCGAAACUUAUCGCGCUCGAACGGACCAUGAAGGCGCUCAUCCAAAGUCUCAACUCCCCGUCCCGUCUGCAAACGCUGGGUGGUUCCACAAUUGCUGCUACGGAGACAAUGCAAUCGGGCCAAGAUGAUGGAAUGAAAACUUAUCUUGCCUUUGCCAAACAAUUCUUGAGCACCGCUUCCGCUGCUGCCAGCACGAGAUCUUCGUUGAGUACAAUCUCCCCAGCGAUCGAGCCUGAAGCCCUUUGUGAGGUAUCUAAGAGCCCUUUCAACGAGACGUCACUUCCAACAGAUCGCAGAGAUCGCGUUGAGGGCUGGAUACAACCCCCUUCCCCUUCGACUCUACAGUCAGGCGGUUUCGCUCGACAGGCUUCUAGGUCUGGCAGACGAGAUACAGAAGCUGCCUCCGAGGUUGAGUUCCUGCGAGCCCAAAACCACUUGAAAUUGGGUCAGGAGACUUUUGAAGAAUGCGAAUAUACAAAGGCAGAGCGGCAUUUCCGCAAGGCUCUGGCUUUAAUGGAGCGGCACGAUUUUGAGGGCAGGAUAUCUUUCCAACCUGCAGAGGUUGUUCUUAUGCUAGCUGACUGCUGUCGGCAGCAAGAGAAGCUGGAUCAAGCGAUCGAGUUGCUGGAGCCGGUUGCAGCCUUGCGCAGUGAUAUCUUCCCAGGCGAAUCGAAGCAUCAGACCUGCUCAAGCGAAGCGCAGGCGUUGCCCCAUCCGAUUCCUGACAAACUGCAAUCAUUGGCGGCGAGUCACAUGCUGGGACGUGUGUUUAUCUUAAAGAGCGAUUUCGAUGCCGCGGAGGAACAUGGGCUACGAGCUUUCAUGGAGCGCAGAAAAGAACUCGGGCCGCAGGACGAGAAGACACUAGAGUCUGUGCAGUUGAUUAUCGAUAUCUACCGAGCGCGAGGUGAAGACGGUGACGAAGAGGAAGCCGAAGGUUACGAGGUGUUCCUGUCGCCGCCCGAGAAGGUGACACCCACGCCUUCCACCGAGAAGCUCUUGAGCAAGGUUGAAGUCCUUCAACUCAGUCCAGCGCUAGUAUCACCGGAGCCAACUCCGGCUCCAGAAGUGCAGAACAACCAUCGACCUAACCUCAUGAACCGACUACUGCAUCGCGGUCGUCUUUCUCAGUCAGAUUCAGCUUACUAUCUGCCGUCGGCAGAAUUUCCCAAGCUAUCCAUUUCCAAAUCCACACCAUUGACCAGUCCACAGGAUACUGACUCGGCUAAUCCAUCUGCGUUUCGAGGGUUGAACUCGCCCUCGGAAACGUCCACGUACGAUCGGUCUGGAUCUUUCAAUGACGAUAGCUCAAUAACAAGCCCGGGAAGUGCGAAGCUCGAACGAUCUUCUUCCAGCAAAACUCUUGAGCCAACUUAUCAAGCUAUAGCAGAUCUGUGCAGUGAGAAAAGACUCGAUAAAGCGGCAAAGGUUGCCAUCCAGUAUCUGAAUACCUACCAGUCCAACUAUAUGGUCAUCCGAAAGCCGGAACUCAAGGACAAUAUCCGCAACGGGACUGGGUAUGGACUCGCCAGGACAGGGCGAGGAUACGCACCUCUACAUUUCUUCUGCGAGCUGAAAGAAGAAUAUGCUGAGGAGGUCAAUCUAUUAAUCAAACAUGGUGUGGACGUCAACGCCAUUGCUUUUCAAGCCGGCUAUACCCAGUCAAAUCCUAAAGAUCCUUUCACCGCCCUACAGCACGCCACUGAGAGGGGCUUCUCCACCAUCACAUGUCUGCUCCUGGCAACAAAUGGCAUUAAGACUGACGUGCGCGACCCGGAUGGGUACACACCGCUGAUGGUGGCUUGCAGAAAGGGCCAUCAUAACAUCGUCAAGCAGCUGCUGGAAUUUCCACUGCCAACAGAAUUCCCAGCAACCUGGCAUGGAAAAACACUUCUUCACGACGCUGCGAGACGGUGCGACCCGGUCCUAGUCGAGAUACUGUUGGAACAUACCACUUUCAUCGACGAACGAGAUCGGUUCAGCAAGACGGCGUUGAUGCACGCAGUGGUCAAAGCAGACAUCGCCGAUCGCUCGGAGAAAAGACGUCGGGUUAAGGGCAGGUGUCAGACGGUGCGAAUCUUGCUGGAAGCCGGAGCUGACCCUACACUUCGGGACCACAGCACAAAUAAGACGGUACGAGACUAUGCCGUGGAAGAAGACGACGCCGAGUUGUUGAUGCUGCUGGGCCAGAUACCCAGAGCCGGUAUCAGUGAGCUGGUGGCAUGA